AUGAAUGUGUUGUUAGUGGAGAAAUCGUGGAGAGGAGAAAAGGAGAAGUGGAAAAGUCGUGAAGUUAUUCCUCUUCAUUCGUAUGCUUCGUUUGUUACUGUGUUCAAUGGAUUGAACUUCUCUAAAUGGCAUGAACAAGUUCAAUUCCACUUAGGUGUGAUGGAUCUUGACUUAGCUUUGCUAAAUGACAAAUCCACUGCCAUUACUGAUAAGAGCAGUGAAAAUGAGAAGUAUUUUCAUAAAUCAUGGGAACGCUCUAACAGAUUAAGCCUUAUGUUCAUGCGAAUGAUUGUUGCUAACAACAUUAAGAGUACUAUUCCACAAAAAGAAAGUGACACGGAAUACCUAAAGUUUGUGGAAGAACGUUUUCGUUCUGCUGAUAAGUCUCUCGCUGGUACACUAAUGGCUGAACUCACGACUAUAAAGUUUGAUGGGUCGCGUAGUAUGCAAAAUCAUAUCAUCGAGAUGACUAACAUUGCAUCAAGACUUUCGACCUUGGGGAUGAAAGUGGAUGACACCUUCUUGGUUCAGUUUAUUCUGAACUCAUUGCCUCUUUAG